AUGAAGGAAAGCUUGCAAGAAGAACUUUCUCUGGUUGGAAUUAAAGUGGAAGGACUGAAGGUGAAGAUUGAAAACAUGGAGGAGGUGAAUGAAAAAAAGGAAGCUAUAAACUUGAGAUCUCAUAUCAACAAGGAUCUUGGCGAGAUGGUAAAACAUAUGGAUGUUGAUGGUGAUGCAAGUGAUGAAAUAAAAAGUAAUCAGAGAAAAACAGAUGAUACCGACACGUGUACGACUGAAUGUCACUACGACCUUGAAGAUCAUCCUGAAAUAGCUCAAAGGUACUUCAACAUUGGUUACAUUCAAUAUCACAUGAAAGAUUAUCAGUCAGCAUUAGAAUCGCAUAUGAAAGCUCUCAAAAUCAGAUUAAAGCAUGAGAUGAAAGAUUACAAAUCAGCGUUAGAAUCCCAUGAAAAAGCUCUUGAAAUCAGAUUGAAAGUGUAUGGAGAUGAUGACCUUGCAACAGCCGACAGUUAUUACAACAUUGGAUACGCACAACAUGAUAUGAAAGAUUAUAUGUCAGCAUUGAGGUCAAAACGAAAAGCUCUUGAAAUUCGAUUGGGACUACGUGGGGAAGAUUAUCCUGAGACAGCUGACAGUUACUAUAGCAUUGGAGUCACACAACAUGAGAUAAAUGAGUACAAAUCAGCAUUAGAGUCAUAUCAAAAAGCGCUUGAAAUCAGAUUAAAAAUUUACGGAAAAGAUCAUGCUGCAACAGCUGACAGUUAUUACAAUAUUGGAGUCACACAUGAGGCACAAGACGAAUUUAAUUCACAACUGGCAUCUAAACAAAAAGCUCUUGAAAUUAGUCUAAAGCAAUACGGAGAAGAUCAUCCCGACACAGCUAACAGUUACAACAACAUUGGAUAUGCACAAAAUAAGAUGAAAGACUUCAAGUCAGCAUUAGUUUCAAAUCAAAAAGCUCUUCACAUCAGAUUGAAAUUAUUUAAAGAAGAUCAUCCCGACACAGCUAACAGUUACCACAGCAUUGGAUACGCACAACAUGAAUUAAAAGAUUUCAAGUCAGGAUUAGUUUCAUUUCAAAAAUCUCUUCACAUCAGAUUGAAACUAUUUGGAGAAGAUCAUCCCGACACAGCUAGCAGUUACCACAACAUUGGAUGCACACAAAAUGCGAUGAAAUAUUUCAAGUCAGCAUUAGUUUCACAUCAAAAAGCUCUUCACAUCAGAUUAAAACUAUAUGGAGAAGAUCAUCCCGACACAGCUGAUAGUUACCACAACAUUGGAUACACACAAAAUGAGAUUAAAGAUUUCAAGUCAGCAUUAGUUUCACAUCAAAAAGCUCUUCACAUCAGAUUGAAACUAUAUGGAGAAGAUCAUCCCAACACAGCUGACAGUUACAGCAACACUGGAUACGCACAAAAUGGGAUGAAAGAUUUCAAAUCAGGAUUAGUUUCGUAUCAAAAAGCUCUUUACAUCAGAUUGAAACUAUAUGGAGAAGAUCAUCCCGACACAGCUAGAACUUACAGCAACUUUGGAUACAUACAAAAUAAGAUGAAAGAUUUCAAGUCAGCAUUAGUUUCAUAUCAAAAAGCUUUCGAAAUCAGUUUAAAACUAUUUGGAGAAGAUCAUCCCGACACAGCAAAUAGUUAUUUCAGCAUCGGCUUUACACAACAUGCGAUGAAAAAUUACAAGUCUGCGUUAGAAUCGAAACAAAAAGCUUUCGAAGUCAGAUUAAAAAUAUAUGGAGAAAAUCAUCCCGACACCGUAGAGACGUAUCGUGAGAUUGGUGUCACGCAACGUUCAAUGAGGAACCUCCACGCAGCACUUGACCUGCAUCAAUAUGUCGUACAAGCGCGACUGAAACUGCAUGGUGAAUACCACGACGAUACUGCUUUUAGUUAUGUCAGCCUGGGAAUCACACAACGCGAGAUGAAAGAUUACAAGUCUGCUUUAGAAUCGCAUGAACAUGCUCUAAGAAUCAGUUUGAAUUUGCAUGGAGAAAAUCAUCCUGACACUGCCGAUAUUUACAGCAACAUUGGAGCCACACAAUGUGAAAUGGGAAACUACAAACCCGCAUUAGAGUCGCACAACAAAUCACUUCAAAUUAGAUUGAAAUUGUUUGGAGAACAUCAUCCCGACACAGCUGAUAGUUAUACCCAAAUUGGGAUCGCACAACAGGAAAUGCAGGAUUACAAUUCAGCAUUGGAGUCCAAACCAAAAGCUCUACAAAUCCUAGUAAAACUCUUCGGAGAAGAUCAUCCUGAGAUGGCUGAAUAUUCUCUCGAUAUUUUUCGGGUAAAAGGUCUUUUGAAUAAUAAGGCCAGCCCUGGACAGAUACAAAGGAAACCGCCAGUUUGGAGCGAUUAUUUGUAG